UUGUUCAUUUUAAAAGUAAAUCGCGUCAUAUUUUAUAGCGUUGAACAACAGUAACUUAUUUGAAUACUCCGUUUCAUUGGAUGACAUGAAAAAAUUCAUUUUGAAAAAAUUGCGCCGUUUCUACAACUAUAUUCAAUGACCGUUGACAUUUCGCUUACAUGUCAAAUUAAUUGUUCACUUAUCAAACUGACGACCAAACGGAGACAAAAUAAAAACCACAAGAGCCACAACACGAUUAUUAUCGAAAUGUUUUUAACGGUGACGUAUAUUUAGUUAUGAAGCUGAUUCGGACGAGCCUGGUGCUGACCCUUUCAAAUGGUGGCGUUUGCAUACUUGGUGAUUUUUUGGUGGAAUUGAACAAGGAAUCAGCAAUACGAAAAGCAAUUUGUGAUAAUGCGACACACACAAUGGUUGGUUUGUUGGGUGCUUUAAUUAUGAUUUUAGAAAAAAAUCACCAUCGACUGCCCGAAAUUGAGCGAAUCUCUCUCAUUGUGAUGACUAUGUUCGCAUCAUCGUUUAUUGAUGUUGAUCAUUUUUUGGUUGCGAAAUCUUUCAAAUUAUCGAGAGCUGUUGCAAUUGAUCGAAGACCAUUUUUACACUACGCAACGAUUCCGUUGAUUCUAUUGAUUCUCAUGAUUCCAUUGUAUAACUAUUUUAAUUCGCCACGUUUAAAUGUAUGGCUUGUCAUGAUUGUAUGCGCAUUUCUAACUCAUCAUACACGAGAUGCGACAAGACGUGGAUUUACAUUUUGGCCCUUUGGGACAACCAAACCGCUGCCUUAUAUUGCCUACAUUGUUUGUAUUAUGAUCAUUCCAUUUAUUUUGAAUAAAUGGGAACAUCUCAUCACCGGUCAUUAUCAUUAUGGAACACUAGAAAUUCAAACAGUUUGAAACAUUGGACAUCGGUUUGAAUGUCAUUACGAUGCCUUACAAAUGCUGUUAACUGAAAGUUGAACACGUUUAUUAUUACUUUCUUUUUUAUUUAAUUUCCAUCUGAAAUUAUAAUGUAAUUUAAAUCACAAAUUGUACAUAAACUUGAAUGAAUUUGUUAAAUUUUACACAUUUGCUUUAUCUAAA